UCCCGGGCACCUGUGCACACCCCGCGGUUGACAGACGACACUCUCACUGCUGCGCAUCGUGCGCCGCUGGGUGAAGAUGGGGAUGGAUCGAUCCCCUUGAAUGACGCUACAGACUCACAAUCAUUGGGUAUUUUGCAUGACGUGUGUGGGGAUUUAAAUUGUGGCGAGCAGCGAGAUCAUUGUGCGACAAAUGACGACGAUGACCUUGCCUGCAUUGAACGAUUCGAGAGGUUGAGGGUGGGGGGAGAUGGCAUUCAUGUUCGUAACACAUGUGCCAUGUGUGCAGGUGGUUUUGCGCCUACGAAAACUGUUGUGGACGCUGAUGGGACUUCACAGCCUAUCCGAACCGGGAAGAGGAGGACGACUGAAGACUUGUCGGUAUGCGAUUCGUCUAAUGGUGAAGCGUUAUCUUCAGAUGAUGACGCUUCUGAUGAUGUCACAAGCCCAGAGGCAAAACAACACACAACGCCUCCCACUAACGGCGUGAUGACAGGGAGAAUGGGAGCCCUGCGCUUGGGGGACUGUUAUCCCACAAUGCGAGCGUUGAAGGACGUUGUGCUAUUUUCCGUUGUUGCGACACACUUCAAGUUCAAGACGGAGCGGUCGUCGACGAUACUGUAUCAGGUGGUCUGCGAGACACCCGAUAAAGAAGCAAGUGUCGACGACGAGUGCGGAUAUGACAUUGAGAAGUGGGACGAAAGGGAGGAUGUUGGUGAGGGAGUGGGAGGGGGUGGGGGCGAGGCACCCACACACGAAGGGAGCGAUGAGGGGGUGUCCAAAAAGAUGAAAGAGAGGGGGGCCCACGUUGUUAAUGACAGCGAGGGGGAGGAAAAAGAAAACGAGGGGGGCGAUGGGGGUGACAACGGUGUUGUCAAUGGGAGCGAUGAAAAUGGGGAGGAUAACAUGGACGAAGAGGAAAAUGUAGUGGACGAACGGGACGGUGGCGACGACGAUGACGAUGAUGUCGAUGAAGCGGAUGACGGAGAGGAGGAGGAGCACAUAGACGAGGAUGCAGACGAAGACGAGGAUGACCAUGAUGGCCAGGAAGAAGAGGACGAGGGUGGGAAAGAGGACGAGGACAUCAUGGAUGAAAGCAAUGCAAAGAGCGGCAACGAGGAUGUCAUUGUGGUUGACGACAGCAGUGACAACGACGAAGGGAGGCCUGUUCUUGACGUGCACACUGUGAGUGAGAAGGAUGCAAAGCCUCGGGACGUCGUUGGUGUGGUUCAAACCGUGAGGCGGAACAAGAAAGGAAGCAGAAAUAAAGGGCACGCCAAUAGUAAGAAUGACAACGAUGGUGAUGACGCUGUGGGAGUUCAGGCUGCCGCUGCAACGAGGCCACGUCGAGAGAGAUGACGUGCAUGUUGGUACAAGGACACGGGGGAAUUUGUUUGCAGUUCUGGCAAAGGGGCGCAUGGUCAGUGCUAAUGCGC